AAGAAAAGCCGCAUAUUAUGUCGGACACAUUUCUAUUGACACCAACAUGCGUGUGUCGUAUUUGCUCACCUGCUUGUACGUCAUUGCGGCGUAUGCGUGGGCCGAAACGACCGACACGACCCGAGGAAUCCCGCCGCCGCGCGUCCGCCGCGCGUGGAGCCAAUAUUCGCGCAACGAGAAGGAAACGUACAUCUCCGCCGUGGCACUCGCGAUGCAGAAAGGCCUCCACCACCGCUUCAUGGAGAUCCACAUGGAACCGUCCUCAGAGCGCGAAGCCCACGACUGCCUCUUCUUCUACUGGCACCGCGCGUUCUUGCUUGCGUACGAAAACAUGCUUCGAUCGCUCAGUCCGCAGUAUGCCGGCGUAACUCUUCCGUACUGGGACUAUGCCACGAUCGGCGCCAACUUCAUUGCGGGCAGUUGCACGAACAUGCUCACGUGCGGCACUCUUCUCAAAGACUUUGGCGGGUCCCUUCCGCUAGGCUCAGCAGGGAUCAAGACGUUCACGGUCAAUGGCGAAAUUAUCGAGUCGGACAAUUGCGUCAAGUCCAAUCUGACGUCGAGCUUCUGCCAAAGCACGUCGGCAUUCAUGAGCAAUAAGUGCAUCGGCUGCAUGCCGCGCAACGAUUGGUCCCAGGUUGCCGUGCCACCGGACGUCAACGUCCUUAGCGUCUACAACAACAUCUUGGGCACCGUGGCACCGACGCUUGCCGGCGUCACGAGCGGCGUUCAAUAUGGCACGCACAACAUGGUCCACGCGGUAUUGAAUGCAAUCAUGGGCACGUUCGCGUCGCCAGCCGAUCCAGUCUUCUACGCCCACCAUGCCAUGGUGGACGCGCUGCACACAAUCUACUACAGCUGUGUUGUGGCGCGCAAGCCGCCAAUCAACAAGGGCGCCGAUGCGCGAACGUGGACCUCGUGUCGCAACUUCAAUGGCCGCACGAUCCUCCCGACAGAUACCAUCACGAUGAAGGGAGGAAACGCUGGAGCCCAGCCGACGUCUGUGUGGCUGCCGACUCACCCGUUGAACCCGUACUUUGCAGGCAUUCCAAAACUCUACACGGGCUACACGGACACGACACAGCUCGGUGCGCACUCGUACUCGUACAACUUUACCGGCACGAUGCUGGACAAGAUGAACAAGCAGUGCACCAAGUUCCACCCGUCGCUGGCAUCGUUUCUGUACGAGCCCAAUGAGGAGGCAGCGUCAGCCGACGUGACGACCGAGAUCUCGUGGCUUCAGGACGCAACACGGCUUGCGUCCAAGUUCUACACGGAUCCAAAGGAUGUCAACCUCCAAGUCCAGAUGAUGCUGUGCGUCUACUACAACGAGUGCCUCGGCGGAGUCUUCGACUACUCGGAAAAGUUCAAGACCAGUUUUCGCGUGUCGGUCAAGCCGCCAUGCAAGAGUAUCAUCGAUGACCUUGCCCGGGGUGAUGUUGUGAUCGGCGUACAGGGCUGGGAAUCGUUGCUUCUCAAGCGGUACCCAUGCAACAACCCGUCCGUCUUAUUUUAGUGGCCACGGCGCAAGAUUCUUUUGUACUAAAUCGACAACAAUGGUAUUACACCUUUGGUUGUAUACA